GUCAUACCAACACCUCCUGCCAAGCUACACACGACCUCAUCAGCAGAAAUCUUUGGUUCAUCUUCUCUACAGUAACCUAAGACCUAAUAGCCGUCGAUCAAGGAAUAAACAAUGAGCACACCAUGCUUCAUUGAUCGCUGCAACCAGCCCAUUGACUGCAGUCGUCAAGCUAUCUCUUCCCAUCUUAAGACGGUUCACCAGGUCAAUGUCGACUCACCGGUAGUUCAGGCCUGUCAAUGGUCAGGAUGCCGCGUGUCUGUCCCGGCGUCAUCUCUGGCUAGCCACAUCAUGACGGUGCACAUGAGAUAAACGAUGAUUAUUCUCGACCGAC